UCUCUCCCAAAACUUACAAGAGUUCAAAUAGCGGUGGUCGGGUGGCUUGUAUGAACUGGGGACUCAGUGAAAGAGACUGAAUCGUUCACCAGGGUGGAGCGAACAGGCCAUUCUUCCUCUCGCCGGAAUCCGGCCACGGGUCAUAAAAUCGCCCCAUAUGGCCAGGGGCGGCCCCACACCCGGGUGCGAACAGCCCGGGGCCCCCAAAUCUCGCGUGCAGGCAUUUUGUUCCGAAGUUUCCGAGUGUUCACGCAUCAUUUUGUAGAGCGUCAUGGUCUAGGUGUGAGAUGCUGAAACCGCUUGUGGAGAAGCGGCGCCGAGAUCGCAUCAACCGCAGCCUGGAAGAGCUGAGGCUGCUGCUGCUGGAGCGCACCCGGGACCAGACCCCCUCUUGUCUCAGAACGCGAUCUUCAUGGCCACCCCUCGGGUCUAAUCUCCGGAACCCGAAACUGGAGAAAGCAGAGAUACUGGAGUUCGCCGUGGGCUACUUGAGGGAGCGAAGCCGGGUGGAGCCCCCGGGGGUCCCCCGGUCCCCAGCCCAAGACGCCGAGGCGCUCGCCAGCUGCUACUUGUCCGGAUUCCGCGAGUGCCUGCUUCGCCUGGCGGCCUUCGCGCAUGACGCCAGCCCGGCCGCCCGCGCCCAGCUCUUCUCCGCGCUGCACGUCUACCUGCGCCCCAAGCCGCCCCGGCCGGAACCCGUAGAUCCGAGGCCCCAAGCGGCGCGCCCACUGCUGGACCCCGCCGCCCCGGCGCCUGGCCCCGCGCCGCAGCAGCGCCCCCCAGUGCACCAGGGCUCCUCCAGCCCUCGCUGUGCCUGGUCCCCGUCCCCUUGCUCCCUCCACGCCGGGGAUUCCGGCGAGCCGGCGCCCCUCACCGGACUGCUGCCGCCUCCUCCGCCGCCUCACAGACAAGAUGGGGCGCCCAAGGCCCCGCCGCCCCCGCCGUCCUCUUUCUGGAGACCUUGGCCCUAAGUUUUGGGGGGUGGGGGUGGGGCUGGGGGUAGGGUAGAGACUCCAGCCUAAGGGCAGCACAGGGACCCGGGCGUCGGGGUGAGGAGGUGCUGGGGAGGUCGGCGGGGCGCGCGGGCGUAGCGCGCGGGUGAGAUGUGGUCUAUAUUAGAGUAUCUAUAUAAAUAUAUAUUUCCCUGGUUCCUGUCCCUUUCCCCUACCCGGCCUCCCCCGUGUCUAGGAUUGUACCUUCUCUGCCCCUAGCCCAGCCCCAGUCCCUUCUCGAGUCCCUAGUGCAUGGAAUAAAGUGGUUAUUAAACCCCCGUGUGUCCCAGAGCCAGGGGCCUGCCUUUAUCUCGGCGUCCACGCCCACUUUCCCUUCCCUUUUGUCUUCCAUCCCUCCCCCUCCCCUCACCCCAGUCUUGCUCUCCGUGGCCCAAGCCCCGGGGCAGACAGGUAAGUAAAGAAGAGAGCAGAGCAAAGACUGAGGUUGGAGCUGAAAACGUGGAAAACACACAGAUAGGGUAGGGGGAGAAGGGAUGGGGGACCUUUAAGAAAAAAACCGGAUAUAGAAAAGAAAAAAGUUGAAUAAAAACCGACUCUGGUGGGAUUCGAACCCACAACCUUUGAAUCGCUCAUUUUAUCACUAGAAGUCCAAUGCGCUAUCCAUUGCGCCACAGAGCCCGCAGUCAAGUCUCUGCGUCUGACGGCUUACGGGUAAUAGUGUGGGGGAGGGGAGGGUGGCCGGCCAAGAGCGCGGGGUUUGGACUUCGGAGGCCUGCCUGGGAGAGGUAGCGGGCGAAAAGCAGGUGAACCAGGUGGGAGUGCGGGCGCACAUGGGUGGGAGAAAAGAGAGUAACCAAAUAUGAGCGAGGGGGCGAGUAAGAGCUCCGGCUGCUUGCUUGGGGGAUGCUUCCAGCCCAGGUGCACCCCAC